CAACCAGCAGAUGGGAAGGGUCCACCAGCAGAUGGGAAGGGGUCCACCAGCAGAUGGGAAGGUACCACAACCAGCAGAUGGUAAGGGUCCACAACCAGCAGUUGGUAAGGGUCCACCAGCAGAUGGUAAAGGUCCACCAGCAGAUGGUAAAGGCCCACCAGCAGAUGCCAGGUCCGACUUGUGCUUCUCCUAAUGAUUCUGGGUGUAAGGCUCCACCAGGAGUUACACCAAAAGUUGAAACUUCUACACAAGAUGAAAUAGAAACGAUAACACCAACUCCUACUCCAAAAAAAAAUAAUAACAAAAAUGACAAUAAUGACGACAAUAAAAAUAAAAUAACUCAUUGGACAACCACCACAACAACACUUACAUUAUAUUUUGCUGGUUUUACAUCAACAGUUACAACAACGAACGCCCAAGGAGAUAUCACAUCUUUUGCUACGUAUAUUCCUCCAUCCACUGUGCUUGUGGUAAAGAAAGUUGCCGUCACUGCACCCGCACUUGAAGAUGGAACAGACACAUCAAAUUCUAUGCCAGUAUUACAUGAUUUUAAUAGCCACGGUUUGUGGGGUAUUACAAUGAGUUUGCUUGUAGUCGUUGCGACACUAGUUUUUAUGAUUUUUGCGUAAUUUAAUUAUAUUUAUUAAGUACAUGUAUUUGUUAAUAUUAAUAUUAAUUAAGUUAUUAUUUCGUAGAAAAGCUAAUUUAAAUAAUUAGGCAUAUGACGAACAUUUAUGCAUUAUGCAUUAUGAUUUAAAAAUUUAACUGUACACUACUAUUAUAGAUUAUAGACAAAUAAAAAAAAUUCAAAAUAUUAGCAUGAAGCCCCAUUAAGAAAACAGUCUCUUACAAUCAUGUUAAUAAAAUGUUUAUAUCAUUAAUACUGUAUAUAUGGUUAAGAUAACAUUAACUGAUCUUCUAUCAAAAUUAUCGAUGUGAUUGAAAAUAAUUUAAACGGUUUAUUUUUUUUUUUUAAAAAAAAAAUCAACCAUGACCGCAUCGAAAUUAAAAUUGUUAUACUAACGAUUGGAUAUAUCAA